AUGUUUUAGAAUCCAUUUUUCAAAUCUGGUGGAGCAUCUAGUCCGAAGAAUAACUAAUAAUUAACUUAAUAAAGACCAUCAGUAUAGGAUAUAAUGAAUAAAUACAAAUAAAAUCCUCAAGAAAGAGUAUCUCAUGUUGAUGAAUAAAUAUUAGGGAGUCUUAACGAAUCCUCAAAUGUAGUGAAUUAAUAACAAAUUAUAGUUUUUAAAUGAGUAAUCAAGACAUGAUAAGAUGUUUCUAAAUCCAAUCUAACCAUAAUUUGAUUUGGAUCCACUACCAAAGAAAGAUGCAAUUGCUCGAAUAACAUUUGGAGAAGAGAACAAGAAAUUUGAAUCUCAGAAAUUAUAAAGUUAGCGUUUAUUAAAUGAAAAUGAUCUCUUUGAUGAUAUGUCUCACUUAAAAGAUAAAGUAUUAAGUAAAACAUAUUGUAAAUAUCAAAGACAUGUUAGAAAGAUAUUCAGUAGCAUUAAAAGCUCCAGAAUAAUAAAAUAAGAGGAAUAAUAUCAAAUAGCAAUUAGAAUUAGAUGCUAAUCAAGUAGCAUAGGAGUAUUCUUAAAUUGUGGAUAAAUUUAACAACCCAGAUUUAUCUGCUAUUUCAAUUGCAGACAGUACUAUUCCACCAUAUAAAGUAUGUAUAUAAAUAUGAUUUCAUAAGGAAUAACAAUUGACUUAAAUGUUUAAUCUUGUUGAAGAAUUUUUAACUAAAUUUAAGAAUAUAUCUUAAUAAUAAUAAGAGAAAUCUUAAUUAUUACGAUCUCGUAUUAAUGCAGGUGAAUCUUAACUUUAGGUUAAUAAGCCAAUUGAAUCAGAUAAGUAAUUUACUUUCUAAUCUAAUUAAUCAAGUAGACAUUCAAGUUAGGCAGUUAAAAAUAAGGCUUAAGCAUAAUUUGCAUAAACUAUAACUGUUGGAUAAUCUAAUUUGACUACAAAUGUCUAUCAAUAAUAGACUUUUAAUAAAAAUAAUGGAUCUCAAUAAUAAUAAUAAUAAUAAAGUCCAACUAAAUCUAAUAUACUUUAAUCUACCAUUCCAAUUUAUGAAUAGAAAUCUAUUCCUACUCAAUAACCAUAAUCUUAAUAAUUAGAUAUGACAGUUUAUACUCAAUUUCCUAAAAUGGAUGAUUCAUUUUAUGAUUAGAAAUAAAUAUCUAUACAAAGAAUUAAUUAAAAGUUACAUUCUUUGAAAUAAAAAUUAUAACAAGAAUUAUAAAAAGAAAAUAUGCCAUAUACUUAAAAAAUCUUAAAUGAAAUGAUUUCAGAUCUUUAAGAAAUAAUAAACACUUAAGAUUAUUAAUUGGUUAAAACUAUAAUAUUUAGAAUUGAAUAAGGUAUACAAUAGUUAUCAAAUAAUAAAGAAGGUUCGAUUAAUCUCUAUAAAUAUAUAAAUAAAGCUUUGGUUAAUUCAAAAAUGAAAACAGAUUUAUUUACUUAAAGAGCUUCUAUGCCUGUUCAUACUUAACUAGAAUAACGAAAUACUUUAAAUACUAUGAGUUCUCUAAAUUCUUACUAAACUCCAGCGAAAAUUGAAAAUACUAAUAAUACUCAUUUAAUUUAGAAAAUAGAUUUAGAUCGCAAUUUUGAAAAAAAAGAAAGGGAUUAACGUCAUUUGGAUGAUCAUAAUUUAUAUUUUGAAUAAAGAUUAAGUAAUCUCAAUAAACCAGAUAUUCCUAAACCAAAAUAAUAAUCAUAUAUAAAUUAAACAACAUCGCCUAAUUCUGGAUAUGAAUCUAGAGGAUCAGUAGAGUAUGAUAGAAAAUAGUAAGAUCAUAAAACAUAAUCUUAAGAUGCACGUUUGAGUUACUAAUUAUAGUUUGAAUCUAGACCUAGUAUAAAUUUUGAAUAAAGAUAUUCAAGUAAUGAACCAAAAAAUAUAUAUUAUGCAACAGAUGUUCAAAGAAGAUCUGAAUAAAGUACUUUUUAGGAAACAUAAAAAUUUAACUAAGAAAGGAAAUCUGAAGUAUAAAGAAUAUCUGAAAAUUCAUUAAGAUAAUCUGACAUGUAAAGACCAUCUGAAUAAACUAUAAAGAGAUUAUUUUUUGACGCUGCUUUGACUUAAAAAAAUAAAUUACCUUCAAACCAUCCAGGUAGGAAUAUCAUGGUUUCUGAUUUAUAUGAAGAAUUUGUAAAAAUAGGUGGAGACAUGCAUAAGUUUAUAUAAUAAUAAUUUGAUCGUUGUUGA